CCAGAAACAUCUCAUCUCACGAAAAUGAAUCAAGCUCAUCAACAUUACAAAUAAAAUCGUCUCUUCCCAUCUCAUCUCAUCAGCAAUAUAAGAAAUAAAGGCGCGACAUAAUUAUCAAUUAUAAUGAGAUCCAGGAUAAUACAUAAUCACAGACCGCUACCCUCAUCAUGUCCAUAGACCUGAAUUGGGAGACGCUGACAGGCGGACCUGAUGGAGCGGCACUCGCCGAACGGAUCCGCGAUUUCAUCCACGUCAAGUUUCAGUCGGUGCCGCUACCACGCUUCAUUAAGUCUGUUACAGUCCACGACUUUGCAUUCGGCGAUAUACCGCCGAGUAUUGUGUUGAAGGAUAUAUGUGACCCACUACCAGACUUUUACGAGGAAAACUCGGAUGUAUCCGAUGAAGAUGACGAUGAAGAGGAAGACGAGGCGAAUUUCCAGGAUGAGAUGGGAAAGCAUGGACAUGUGAGCGCGGAGGAUGUGUCUGAUGCGAUUAAAGCCGCGGAGCGAAGGAGAAGAGCGGAUCAGAUUCGUAGAUUGGAGGGUAGGGGUGGGAGUGGACGCAGGGGUGAGGGCGGAGCUGCGACGGGCGCUUACAAUCUGGAAGGUCUUUAUCCGCCGCAUAUUCAUGUCGCUGGCUUGCGGAGCGCUCCUGGAACGCCCGACAUAGCGAACCCGUUCCUUGGACUUGGUGGGCCGAGUCCUGGUGUGCCUGGUGGUACUGCUAAUAUGCACUAUUUUCAGUCGAAACUGGCUACGAAUUGGUCGGGUACACAGACACCGUUAGCGGCCGUCGCAGGAGCACAGCAUCUAAACGGCUGGCUGGAUGCAGGAGGGCCGCAUUCUCCCUCCGAGGCAAGAUAUGCACCAAGCCAGCGCAGCAGACACGCAUCACAGAGUUCUAUAUCAGUAGCAGAUUUCCAUCCACCCCUAGCCCCAGUCUCAACAUCACUCGCACCCGGACAGCAUCCUCUUAGGGAGAAACACAGCGUAUCAACACUUGCACCUACCUCAGCUGGAGCUUCACGACCGCCUACUAGGGAUACGACGGCCGGACACCCACAUGCACAUUUUGGGAGCUCAUCCCGGUUCAGCGAAACAUUGUAUAGUCCUAGCUCUGGCGUCAAUGAUAAUGAAUCGGCUGUGGAAAGCGAGGGCGAAGAAGAGGGCGAGGAGGAAGAACCAAAGAAGUUCCGCGAGCCUAGAAUUGAUGACUUACAAGCGGUGUUCCGCAUCAAGUAUGCGGGGGAUGUUAAGUUGAUGUUGACGGCUGAGAUCUUACUUGAUUACCCGAUGCCUAGUUUCGUGGGGAUACCGGUUAAGCUGAAUAUCACGGGGCUUACGUUUGAUGGGGUUGGUGUUGUGGCCUACAUUCGAAAGCGUGUGCAUUUCUGCUUCUUGAGCCCUGAGGAUGCACUCGCCGCUGUGGGGCAAGAUGAUGAUGAGAAUGAUGGCGACGUGGACGGAAAUGAAUAUAGUGCCGGCCCCGCCAGUGUACAGAAUCAGCAUAGGGGAAGGUUAGGAAGUUUGCUACAGGAAAUCAGGGUCGAGAGCGAGAUUGGUCAGAGGGAGGGCACCAAGCAGAGUCUCAAGAAUGUGGGUAAGGUGGAAAAGUUCGUCCUUGAGCAAGUCAGACGGAUAUUUGAAGAAGAGUUCGUGUAUCCUAGUUUCUGGACGUUCUUGGUAUGAGUACCCAGGUAGACAGGAUAUUUGAACAAUACUUACUCCUUCGUACACUAGAGGCGUGUCUAUUAUGCAAGUUCCCUAGCGACGACUCGCUAAAUAAGUUGAGAGUUGAGCGGCUUGGCUAUCCUAAGUUCAAUUCGUAAUAUAGCUCUUUUCGUCUAAGACUCCGGUAAUUAUUUCAGCGUCAAUAUAUAUUGACCCAAGUAGACACCCAACGCUCAGUCUAUUUCGCCGUAUAUCCGUAC